AUGCCCAUGUCAACCAAACGCAAAGCUCCAGCGAAGCUGGUAGCGCCAGUGGCUAAAAAGAGCGCCAACAUUUCCUCGAAGAACACAAUUGACGAGUUACAUACUUCCGUCGCUGGCACAGAUACCCUGCAGGGCUCAAAUAUCGAGACGAUAGAAAUCUCUUCCGACGCAGAGAGCGAGUACGCCUCGGACGAAGAAGAUUCCGUGGAGCAAGUAAACGGCACCAAUGAAACAACGCAGGCCCCCAACGACAACAAAAUCAAGAGCAGUUCCACAGCCGCCGCAGACGACAGUAAUGACGCCGGCUCAGAUGCCGAGGGGGGCUCCCCGACGUUUGGCGAGCUCCUGCGCGGCAACGAGACCAUUGACGUCUCCAGCCUGCUUCAGCAAGCCGUUACCAGCACUGCCGUGCAACCUUCACGCACCGCCAUCGCACCGCCGUCCCUCCAGUCCCUCACCACCGUCCUCACGCAAGCGCUCAAGACCGACGACACGGAUCUGCUCGAAUCGUGCCUGCACACGACCGACCUCAUCACCAUCCGAAACACCAUAGAGCGCAUCGACAGCAGCCUUGCCGGCAUUCUCCUAAACAAGCUGGCCGCCCGCCUGCACCGACGGCCAGGCCGGGCCGGCAACCUGAUGAUAUGGGUCAAGUGGACGCUCAUUGCCCAUGGCGGCGCUCUGUCAUCUCAGCCCAAGGUCGUCCAGAGCCUCAACGGCCUGCAAAAGGUGCUCGCCGAACGCGCGAAAGGCCUCAACAGCUUGCUCGCACUGAAGGGCAAACUCGACCUACUCGAAGGCCAGAUGGAGCUCCGUCGCAAGAUGAAGCGAGGUACGUCGUCUGGGAAGCACGGCGGUGGUGACAGCGAUGCCGAGGAUGAGUCUGACGACAACGUCAUCUGGGUCGAGGGCGAGACGCGGGAUAGUGCUCCCGUCAAAGACCUAGCGGACGAUGAGGAUACGUACAUGGCCAACGGCGUUAUCCCCGACUCGGACGGCGACGACGACGAUUCAGACGUUGAAGAGGAUGAUGCCGACGAUGGUGUGGAGGAGUCUCUGGACGAAGAUGAGGUGGACCACGACGACGUGGACGAGUCUAUGGGCGAGGACGAAGAGAGUGAUGCAGAGCCCGCGCCGCCUUCCAAGCUACAAAAAGUCGUCGGCUUCUUCUCAAAGCACAAGUGA